AUGACCGGCUCGGCACCAGCUCUUGUCCUCGUCAUAGGCCAGCCGACUGCUCACACGCGCAAUGGGUGUCGCAUUCCCUACGAGUGCAAUGCGUGCGGCGAGGGUAUAUAUGCCACGGCCUUCGGACUAGCAGCAGACAAGACAACUAAAUGCACCAUGUCCACCACUCUGCGUACAAACGCCUUGGACUUCCUAGACGUCGAGCACGAUGACGAGCUUCCUGGCUAUGACGAGGCUAUGCCAGCUCCUGCCUACGGCGCACACGACGGGCCCCUCGCUACCUUCUGUCUUCGCCAGUAUGAUCGCAAGAUACAAAUGCUCGCUGCCUACGAUGCGCCCAUUGCUCCCUCGUACCGCAUCACAACCAACAGCUUCCGCGUCUUCUCCAAGAAGCCGGAGAUGGAGGUGCUCCAUACUUCGCAGGACAUGCGGCAGCGCAACAUAGCCGCACUGUCCUAUGACAACGACGGAGGCUUCCCCUGGCGGCCCCGCGCGCAUUUCGAUUACACCGUAGAGGAUGGCUCGUGUACGCGGUACAUGAUGGAGUCGUUGAACUUUGAGGACUGGAGUUGCACCAUCGAUGACAAAACGUACGUCUGGGCACUCGACAUGCGACCAAUUGCAUUGGUGCUGAGCGACAAGGACUCAGGCAAAGUCAUUGCGCGCUUUACAUUCUCAGACAAAGGCGUGCUCGCUCUGAGAGGUGCAGAGGUUGGCGACUUGGCCAUCUUCCGCGACGGACUGACGCUGGCGCCAGGCGGUAUCGACAAGGUGGUCUGUGGUGUCAUGAUUGUCGUUACCUUCUUCAAAAGAAUGGGUAGGAACUACACGAACCCGAAGACGGAUGGACUGGGGCGAGUAGGGUCGGUGGCCAGAGAGAUGCCGCUGCCGUCGCUGCAUCGGGGCUCGACAGCAGGCUACUCGAGUUUGGGCAACUGGGCAGGAUAG